AUGAAGCUGUACGCAGCACUAUCGUUGGUGAUCCUGGGCCUAGCGUUCGCUAGCGCUAGCCGCAGCUGCUACGUGUCGUGCGGUGACAAUGAGGUUUUGCGCCCAACGCGGCCAUGCUGUCAGGAUACCUGCGAAAUGUCCUGCAGACAGAGUGACUACGACACCUGCAAGCUGGUCUACAAGCCGACCUGCGUCUGCAAGAACGGAUACGUGCGCUACAACGGAAAGUGUGUCCAGAGGACCUGUUGCCCCUCGUACCAAGAUGACUCCGAUUCGGACGAGUACGUCCCGCAGGUGUUCCAACGGAAGUGCGACCGACGCUGCUCCUGCGGCAAGACGUUCGUGUGCGGUACCGACUACUCUUCCGAGGAGCAGUACUAUCCUUGCGGCUGCAAGACCCUACCGCCGUGCUUAACAACGCCGCCGCCAACGACGGUACCUCCGACGGUACCACCGACGCUUCCACCGUGCUACAUGCCACCACCGAUUUCGCCAGAGAAAUGCUGCGGCUGCGAGCAAAUGGUGUAUCGGCGUCCGUGCUGCGAGCCGACGUGUGACGACGACUGUUCCGAUGCCUCUUGCUCGGUGCUGCUGCUCGAGGAACCAACGUGCGCUUGCCGCCCCGGAUACGUCCGCUACCAGGGACACUGCAUCACCAAGGCGUCCUGCCCGCGCAGCGUCUCCCGCUAUCAGCUGUUCGUGCCGCAAGCGCCACGAAGCGUCAAGUGUGCACCGUUUGAAGUGCUGAGGCCGGACGAGCCGUGCUGUGAGCCAACGUGUGAGGACGAUUGCUCACACGCCAUCUGUCGGCGUGCCCAGGGCAACUGCCCGAAACCAACCUGCGUCUGCCGGCAGGGUCUGGUGCGCCACGCGAAAGCCUGCAUACCGCGCCAAAUGUGUCCCCGUCCUGCCAACCAAUCUCCAGCUCCGUUGCCGAAACCGUGUCCAGUAACACCGAAACCGUGCACGAAACCUCCUCCAACAAAACCGCCCCAGCCAACCUGCGGUCCAAACGAGCAGCUGUCCCACUGUCGGCAAUUUUGUGUGCCCACCUGCAAGAACGACUGCAGCCGAGUGCUGCAACCGAGAAUCUGCAUACCGGAGACUAGCUGCGUCUGCAAACCGGGGUACGUCCGUCACGAGGGCCGGUGCAUUCCGCAGUGCAACUGCCCCAAGCGCCUCCAACCGUUGCCUCUUUCCGGGGAGUACAUCGAGUUUGAGGUGGUGUCCCUCGAGGGGAGCAAAUCGGACGAAGACUUCGACUUCCCGUUUCCCUCGGAUGGUGAAGGACGCAAGGAAGUGAAACGACCUGCUCAGCCGCCGCAGUUUGUCCCGACAUGUCCGAAGCCCGUAUCCUGCACUACCCCCAAACCUGUCCUACCCUUUCACAACUACGCCACGACCGAACGGAACAUCUAUCCACCGGUGUGCUCGUGCAGACAUAAACUGCCCCACCUAUUGAAGUCUUCUGCCACCAUGCCCGAUCCUGAUAGCCGAUCGUACGAGAGCACGGAGGAAGACACGGAUAUUGUUCCGUAUGCGCCGCCAGUUCCGCGUACCGGCACCUAUCAAAAGCCCACGGGCUUGUUGCCGUAUCCUCCAAGGCCCCAGCUGCCCAGUCUGGGGCAUUAUUAUGGGCAGCGACCGACAUUACCCAGGAAUCGGUGCGAUUGCAACGAACCGCUUGAUCAUUUCCUCGGCACCGGGUCGCCAUACGGAUCGGAACCGGAACCGGAACCAUACGGAAAGUCGGUGGCUUAUAACGGCCCUCGACAGUAUGGUUUCAAUCGAGCGUAG